AUGCCUGAAACCGAAGUAGUUGCCGUCGUCAUUGAGCACUCUUUCUAUAUAAAGAGAAGAAUAUUUGAAGUAGAUGUUGUGGAACUACUAAAAAGUCUUGGAGUUAAUGUUAAGCAUGUAGGAAUUGAAAGCGCAUCGUGGCCACCAUUAUAUGAUGGUGAACGUUCUUCUGUUCGAUAUACGCUAAUUACUGGAAGCACAUCACCGGGGCGUAACGACGGAGGGAUAGAUAUAAUUGGAGAAAUAGGUGAGGUUACGAUCUUGUUCCAGUGCAAGAAUUGGGAUAAUCCGAUAGGAUCCUCCGUCGUUCGUGAAAUGAGAGGUGUGGUAUGUCAAGAAAAUCCAGAAACAGUUGUCUCAGAAAUUGCGAGACAGUUAGCUAACUGGAACAUCGAAACGCACCAAAAUGGGAGAGUCACUUCAUCUCAAGGCGGUUUUAACUUCAACGUUGGGGGAGUGAGAACAAUUCGAGCACCAGACGUUGCAUUCACACCAAAACGAACGACCCAUGGCUUGAAUGCAUUACAGAAUUGGACCUUUCGAGGUCAACCCUUUACUCCAAUAUUUGUUGUUGAGUUAGGAUUUCUGGUUAGCAUCUGGCAAGAUAAUAACGGCCAACUACAGGAAAAUAUCUAUUCAUGGAGAUGGGACGAAAAUAAUACUGAACGUCAUUAUGAACAUGGAUGGAGAAGUAUGAAUACCGGUCAAGAGAUUCUUUCAGGCUUCGUCUUAGAUGUUGAUAUGAUUGAAGAAGCUAUUUCGCAACAAGAUUCAGGUUCAUCAGAUGAUGAUGUUACUAAUAUUCCUUGUAACGGACCUGGAUGUACAGCAACUUUCACUAGUCACCAUGCUUUCUUGAAACACUACCAAAAGGAUCAUGCGCUUAAACGACGUGUAUGA